AUGAUGAAUUGGACGGGUGGCCAGCUGCAGCGUCAUCAUCGCUCAGGCCUGUUGACCAAAACUCAAAAACAGAAUUUCGCCAAGUCGAGACUCCAAAAGAGCACGGUCAUUCCCCCGCCUUCGCCGUUUCGUAACUUUCCUGAUAUUGGAUUCAAGGGCUCGAGCACUAGGGAAAAGGAUGAGGCAGAGACAAAUGGAAAUCAAGUUACGGAAGAGCCGGCCUGGCAUUCGACUGGUGAUCAGUCCUCUCAAGAUGAUAGUGGCUUGAGCGAGGUCAAGCGCCAGCUGCUGAAAGAACCAGAUUGGGCAGCUGUGUCUGUUACGCGUCCACUCGAGCUGGCAUUUACAUCGGUGGAGGAAGUCGAGCGGUUUGGGAAGCGACGAAAGCUAAAUGACAAGGACAGAGAACGGCUGGUAUCAGCUAACAACAAUGAGUCUACCUUUUUUGGGCGGUCCAGGCCUCCACGAAGAAGCAGGAAUUCAUCCUCGGUGAUUGAUACCAUUGAAGAAGACAUCCAGUUUGAGAUCAACGGACGACCAGUGGCGCGAUCCAAUGACAGCUCGGGUGUGGUCAUGAACAGCAUGUCAUCACAGUCAAUGUUACUUGACCAUGAAGGAUCUCCUUUUGCGGAACAGGACCUUGGCAAAGAGAACCUGACAGCUACCUGGAUUACCAAUCUGUUUCCCCGUUCGCAAUGA